CCGCUCCACACUCUCCCUCCUCCACCAUUCCCUUUACAGGGCAGCACAGAAGACCCCUAGACACCAACUUUUACAUCCUAGGGUGGCGAUAUUUAGGGGAGGUAUGGCUCUUUAAGGGAGAAGGGUGUUGUACUCCUGCUAUGACACAGGUGUAGUAAAUUUUUUACCAUGUGUUUGAUAUUGGUGAAGUAUUUGCAUUGGCGCUUUGAUUAAUGACCUCUUUUAUGCAUGCUACCUCUAACCUAAUGGUGGGAGGUGAGUUAAGGACAAAAGACAAAAAGGGACUGUGCAAUUUGGGUCUGUUUUGUGCAAAGCCCGGUCCCCCUCCUCCCUCCUCUGCUCUAUAUGAAUUCCAGGGUUGCAGAGGCAAGAAGCUCAGUGUCUGUGACGAUAGAUGGGAAGCAUGAGUCGAUACCCAGUAGACUCCAAGACUGUAGGACUGGUGCAGCAUGACAAGCAGAAGCUCUACAUGUUCUCCGUUCUCUGGUCGGACUGUAAUAAUAUCCUGAUAUACAGGACGUACGACAGCUUCAAGGAUCUCUCAAAAUUGCUUACAAAGAAGUUUCCACUGGAGGCGGGCGUAGUCAAUAAAGCGGAGAGAACCCUUCCCAUACUGAAGGAUGCCCCAUUGUUGUUCCGCAGAAAAUUUUCCAAUCGCCACUUGGAGCGGCUCCAUCUAUUAGAAAUUUAUUCCAAGGAACUUCUUCAAGCUGACGCCAAGAUCUCCCAGUGUGAAGAGGUUGUCCAGUUUUUCUCUCCUAACAAGCAGGACCUUACUCCGUCCUUCCCUGAAAACAGUAUUGUGAUAAUGCCAUCAGACAAUGAGCAAAAGCAAAAAGAGGUACCUUCUGCACCCAGUUCACCACAGCCCCCCACCACACAGCCCAUCAUAUCUGAAAUCUACAUCUGCAUCGAUGCCUUUGAGACCAAAGACACGAAGAACAGGUCAUUCAAGGUCCAAAAGAAUCAUUGCAUUGAUGUCCUAUUCAAAGAUCCUACUGGCUGGUGGUUGGUGGAGAAUGAGGAGAAAUGCUUGGCCUGGUUUCCGGCUCCUUACCUAAGAAAGUCAGAGUCCUUUAAUGAUAAUAAUCCAAAGAAGAAAUCACUUAAUAAAGGAAUGUAUUACUAUGCACAGAAGGCCUACGAGGCUCAGCAAACAGAUGAAAUCUCUCUUACAGUUGGUGUUGUGGUAGAAGUGAUAGAGAAAUCCGAAACAGGAUGGUGGCUUAUCUGUUAUAAUGGAAGAUUUGGGUAUGUCCCUUCCAUGUUCCUCAAGCCAUAUAACAACCCACACCACAAACUGCAGGUCAACCAAAACUACACAUUGUCUGGCUCCACUCCAGAUCUAUCCAAGGUCUCAAGCAAUCAAGAUACCAGCCCUAGCCCCCAACAUAGGAUUAAGGAGGUCAGGGGCAAUAAGAGCAAACUAGAGAGAAUGAAAUCAGUAUCACUGAAUGAUCUCGAAGACGUAUCAGAGACAUCUGACGAGACAUUUGUCAAGUCAAGCAGACAAAGAAGUGCGUAUGUAGAUGGGGCGAUACAAGACGCAGAGGAACUCACAUCUUCUUCCAUGACUAGAAAGCCAAGGUCAGUCCAGAUGAAAGCCUACCUCCAUAACUGGAAGGAUAAUAUGGAGAGGGGUGACCAUGUGGAAGAAGUAGAAAGGUCAGAUUCUGGAUUUGAGGAACAUCUGUCACCAAAGAUAUCAGUUUCUUCAGACCAUGCUGACCCCACACCCCCACCAGUGCCACAAAGGCCUACGAUGCAGGAGAUCCAGUCUAGAUGCACCACCAUAACCAAGAAAGCAGCUCUACGAUAAAGUCUAUGAACCCACGGAAAUGACUACACCAAACCAGAACUAUGGGGGGGGGGGGGGGGGGGGCUCUUUUACAUUUUUUGAAUGAGACUUCAUCUUCACCAUGUACACACCUGACACACAAGUUGAAUUUUUGAGUCUGCAAGAAAAUCAUCAUUAUACGUUCUAGAGGUCUUCCUACAAAUACCCUAACCAUAAAUGGUAUGAACAUUUAUGUAGUGACAUUACAAUACCCAGCAUGCCCAGGCAACCUGAGGCUGUCAGGCCUUGCUGGGAGUCGUAGUUUCAUAAUAGCCGAAUAACCACUGGUUGUGCUCCUAUGUAUUAGAAUUCUGACUCUUACCACAUUACCUGCCAGGUACGUCACCUUGCAAGGAAACUUCACCAUUUAAUCAAAUUUACUUAAAAUCAUAUUGCUGCCCCCAAAAUUCAUGGAUACAGAUUUGAAGCAAAUAAUGCCAACACAAACUCAAAGCAAAACUGACUUAAAAUUACACAUUCCCCACAUAGCAUUCAAAAUCAGCCUCUGAGGUAAAUUAUGACAUUUCUUUCUGCCUCUAACCACCACUAGGGGGAGCUCACCGUAUAGAAAUUUAGGAUCAAGUGAAGAUUAUGUCUCCCUGGGCAGUAAACUUCACUUUACACAAAGCACUGUAUAUGUCACCUGCUAAUAUUUUAACUGACCCAGUUAAUUAAUAAUUGAUUAUUCUUACUGACCCAAUUAACUAUUGAUUUAUGUACAUUAGGUUUUUGCUUGUUUUGGAUUUUAAGAAAUUUUGUUAAAUAAAUGCAUUUUU